AUGGCUUUGGAUAGAAAGAGAUCGACGCGAAGAAGUGCACGACAUCGUGGAGAACAGGGUGUGGGUCCGGUGCAGGACGACAGGCGUCCGCCCGCAUCCAAAUGCAAGACUUGUUGCCGAAAGUUUCUCGCAUUCCUCGUGUCCAACGUUGGCCUCUGUGUGCUUGUGGUCGCCUACUCUGUCGGCGGCGCCUUCAUGUUUAGAGCACUCGAGGCUCCCUUCGAGGUCCAGACCGCCAAACAAGUCAAUGAAUUGCGAAACAAAACCAUUCAUCACUUGUGGAAUAUAACAUACAAUCAUAACGUCUUCAACUAUAGUGUGUGGCGACAAUCGAUUGUGGAUGAGAUCAAGAGCUUUCAGAGCGAUCUACUGAAGGCAAUCAAAGAUGGCUAUGAAGGGCAACAGGAUAUGGGUCAGGAACAGUGGUCUUUUUCUGGUGCUUUCCUCUUCAGCCUCACUGUCAUCUCAACAAUUGACUUAGAGCUCAACGUCUCAAAUGACACCAAAGUUGAGAACAGCUCUCAAUCGAUCACAUCCUAA